GCCGCAGCCUCCGCGCCGCGGCUUGAGGGCGGGAGGCUGGGGGAGGGUAGCGGAGCCGGCGCCGCCGCCAUGUUGGGUCUGAGGCGGCUGCUGUAGGCGCCUACGGAGCAAGCGGGCGUGCGGAGCGGCCACAGCGGCGCGGGAUCUGCCUCUCUGCUAGCGGCCGGGAGCGGCGGCGGCGCCGGCGCCAUGAGCGGGGGCACCCCUUACAUCGGCAGCAAGAUCAGCCUUAUCUCCAAGGCGGAGAUCUGCUACGAGGGCAUCCUCUACACUAUCGACACCGAGAACUCUACCGUAGCUCUCGCCAAAGUUCGGUCCUUUGGUACAGAAGACAGACCAACAGAUCGUCCAAUACCACCUCGAGAUGAAGUCUUUGAAUACAUUAUAUUCCGUGGGAGUGAUAUUAAAGAUCUCACUGUUUGUGAGCCACCAAAACCACAAUGUUCUUUGCCUCAGGACCCAGCUAUCGUUCAGUCUUCACUAGGCUCAUCUACUUCUUCAUUCCAGUCAGUGGGCUCCUAUGGACCUUUCGGCAGGAUGCCAACAUACAGUCAAUUCAGUCCAAGUUCAUUAGUUGGGCAGCAGUUUGGGGCUGUUGGUGUUGCUGGAAGCUCCUUGACAUCCUUUGGAACAGAAGCAUCGAACAGCAGUGCCCUAUCCCAAAGUAGUGCAGUUGGUUCUGCCUUUACACAGGAUACAAGAUCUCUAAAAACACAGUUAUCUCAAGGUCGUUCAAGCCCUCAGUUAGACCCUUUGAGAAAAAGCCCAACCAUGGAACAAGCAGUGCAGACAGCCUCGGCCCACUUACCUGCUCCAGCACCUGUUGGGAGAAGGAGCCCUGUAUCAUCAACCAGGCCUUUACCAUCAACCAGCCAAAAAGCAAUAGAGAAUCAAGAGCACAGGCGAGCUGAAGUUCACAAGGUUUCAAGACCAGAAAAUGAGCAACUCAGAAAUGAUAGCAAGAGACAAAUAGUUCCAGGUGCUCCUUCAGCUCCAAGGAGAGGGCGUGGGGGUCAUCGAGGUGGCAGGGGAAGAUUUGGUAUUCGAAGAGAUGGUCCAAUGAAAUUUGAGAAAGACUUUGACUUUGAAAGUGCAAAUGCACAAUUUAACAAGGAGGAAAUCGACAGAGAGUUUCAUAAUAAACUUAAAUUGAAAGAAGAUAAACUUGAGAAACAGGAGAAGCCUGUAAAUGGUGAAGAUAAAGGAGACUCAGGAGUUGAUACCCAAAACAGUGAAGGAAAUGCAGAUGAAGAAGAUCCACUUGGACCUAACUGCUAUUAUGACAAAACUAAAUCUUUCUUUGAUAAUAUUUCUUGUGAUGAUAAUAGAGAACGGAGACCAACCUGGGCUGAAGAAAGAAGAUUAAAUGCAGAAACAUUUGGAAUCCCACUUCGUCCAAACCGUGGCCGUGGAGGGUACAGAGGCAGGGGAGGUCUUGGUUUCCGUGGUGGCCGAGGACGUGGUAGUGGCCGAGGUGGUAACUUUGCCACUCCUCGAGGAUUUCGUGGUGGAUUCAGAGGAGGUCGUGGGGGCAGGGAGUUUGCAGAUUUCGAAUAUAGGAAAGACAACAAAGUUGCUGCAUAGUCUGCAAACAAGUCUUUGAAAAUAGAUGGAUUUUUAGCUCUUCGUGGUCCUGAGAAUUGGUUUCAGUCUUUGAGAAGAAUGAAAAAGUGAAUUUGCUGUAUAUUUGUCACCAGCACUGGGUUUUUGUUUGUUU